AGCUUAGCUCGAGCUAUGCAGAGGGCAAUUCCAAGGAUACACACUCUCGUUGCAACUCCAGGCCUCAAAAGCUUCUCUCUUAACGCACCCAGGAUCGUAGAGGUAGAAUAUGCAAAUGGUAGCAAGUUUUGUUUGUCAGCUGAGUUUUUGAGAGUUUAUAGCCCAGCUGCUGAUGGCAAGAUUAGGUCAAUUGGAGGUGAAAAGGUGAUAUCUGGGCGGCGCCAUGUGGGGAUAAUGUCUGCUGAACCAGUAGGAAACUAUGGUGUAAGGAUAGUUUUUGAUGAUUUGCAUAGAACCGGGAUUUAUUCUUGGGACUACUUCUAUAAUCUUGGGACCAACAAAUUUACCCUCAUGAGAAAUUAUAUCAAAACACUGAAGAAGCACGGGCUCAGCCGGGAUCCACCUAAAAGAAAGUGAUUGAAAGACCUCUGAUUUUCUGAGUUAGCCCCUCAAGAGCACCGAGUCAACCUUGGUCCUAUCAAGAGGUUGCCAUUGAAGAAACUCAGUGGUCAAUCUGGAAAUACAUGUUGCAAUUGAAGUUAGUUGAAGAACAGCUUAAGAGCUGUGAUUGGAAUUAUUCUAUUUAUAUUUAGUUAAGUCAGUUGUGUGUUUGUGAGAUGCACAUGCUCCUUUUAAUGGUAGCAAUCAUUGUAACGAUUUUACCCCUUAGGCUGUUAGUACUAGUGUUUGAUUGUUUCAACUUUUUAAACUAACUGGAAAAUCAGUUUGCACGUUGGGAUAUCUGCUUGUAUUGAAAUCAAUAAAAUUACACAGAAAAUUUUAGUAUUAAA